CGCGGGAGCGCGGCUGCGGCGCGCGGAGCGGGCGGCGACGGCUGGGCGAACGCCCGCCUUCGCCUGCGUCGCUGCGUCCGCGCGGGCCUCCGGCCCCGGGGAUGUGAGGGGCGCAGCUCGGCCGGCGGGGCCCGGAGCGGCGCGGAGGCCGGCCGCGGACGCUCCACCCACUUUGGCCUAGACCCAGCCUCCAAGGGCUAAAAAUAUUGCCCGGAGGCUUGUGAGCGGAAUCAGAUCGUGCUAAGUAGGGCACGACGCACAGAGGCGACAGAGGUCCUCGGCCCCAGGGCAGGAGCCAGUCUCCGGAGCGGCGGUUCCGCCCACGCUCGGCCCAGCAGCUAGCGGCCUCCCUCCGCGGGAGCAGGUGUGUGUGGAGGCCAGCAUGAAGCUGAAAAAGCAGGUGACAGUAUGUGGGGCCGCUAUCUUCUGUGUGGCUGUCUUCUCGCUGUACCUCAUGCUGGACCGAGUGCAGCAUGAUCCCACCCGUCACCAGAAUGGCGGGAACUUCCCCCGGAGCCAAAUUUCUGUGCUCCAGAACCGCAUUGAGCAGCUGGAGCAGCUGUUGGAGGAGAACCAUGAGAUCAUCAGCCACAUCAAGGACUCGGUGCUGGAGCUGACAGCCAAUGCGGAGGGCCCGCCCGCCCUGCUGCCCUACUACACGGCCAAUGGCUCCUGGGUGGUGCCCCCAGAGCCCCGGCCCAGCUUCUUCUCCAUCUCCCCUCAAGACUGCCAGUUUGCUUUGGGGGGCCGGGGCCAGAAGCCAGAGCUGCAGAUGCUGACUAUAUCAGAGGAGUUGCCCUUUGACAAUGUGGAUGGCGGCGUGUGGAAGCAAGGCUUUGACAUCUCCUACAGCCCGCACGACUGGGACGCUGAAGACCUGCAGGUGUUCGUGGUGCCUCACUCCCACAAUGACCCAGGCUGGAUCAAGACCUUUGACAAGUACUACACAGAGCAAACCCAGCACAUCCUCAACAGCAUGGUGUCCAAGCUGCAGGAGGACCCCCGGCGGCGCUUCCUCUGGGCAGAAGUUUCCUUCUUUGCCAAGUGGUGGGACAACAUCAAUGCCCAAAAGAAAGCAGCUGUCCGCAGGCUGGUGGGAAACGGGCAGCUGGAGAUUGUGACAGGAGGCUGGGUCAUGCCGGACGAGGCCAACUCCCAUUACUUUGCGCUCAUUGACCAGCUCAUUGAGGGACACCAGUGGCUGGAGAGAAACCUCGGUGCGACCCCGCGCUCUGGCUGGGCAGUGGACCCCUUUGGACACAGCUCCACCAUUCCUUACCUGCUGCGCCGUGCCAACCUGACCAGCAUGCUGAUCCAGAGGGUGCAUUAUGCCAUCAAAAAGUACUUUGCUUCCACCCACAGUCUGGAGUUCAUGUGGAGGCAGACCUGGGACUCGGACUCCAACACAGACAUUUUCUGCCACAUGAUGCCCUUCUAUAGCUAUGAUGUGCCCCACACCUGUGGCCCGGAUCCCAAGAUCUGCUGCCAGUUUGAUUUCAAACGCUUGCCGGGUGGACGCAUCAACUGCCCCUGGAAGGUGCCACCCCGGGCGGUCACAGAGGCAAACGUGGCCGAGAGGGCCACGCUGCUCCUGGACCAGUACCGGAAGAAGUCCCGGCUGUUCCGAAGCAAUGUCCUCCUGGUGCCGCUGGGGGACGACUUCCGAUACGACAAGCCCCAGGAGUGGGAUGCCCAGUUCUUCAACUACCAGCGGCUCUUUGACUUCCUCAACAGCAAGCCUGACCUCCACGUGCAGGCCCAGUUUGGCACCCUCUCUGACUAUUUUGACGCUCUGUACAAGAAGACCGGGGUGGAGCCAGGGGCCCGGCCUCCAGGGUUCCCUGUGCUGAGCGGGGAUUUCUUCUCCUAUGCGGACCGGGAGGACCAUUACUGGACCGGCUAUUACACCUCCCGGCCCUUCUACAAGAGCUUGGACCGGGUCCUGGAAGCCCACCUGCGGGGGGCAGAGAUACUGUACAGCCUCGCUGUAGCUCACGCCCGCCGCUCUGGACUGGCUAGCCAGUACCCGCUCUCGAACUUCGCCCUUCUGACGGAAGCUCGGCGCACUCUGGGCCUCUUCCAGCACCACGAUGCCAUCACCGGCACGGCCAAGGAGGCCGUCGUGGCAGACUAUGGCGUCAGGCUCCUGCGCUCCCUUGUCAACCUGAAGCAGGUCAUCAUCAAUGCAGCUCACUAUCUGGUGCUGGGGGACAAAGAGACCUACCACUUCGAUGCCGAGGCACCCUUCCUCCAAAUGGAUGACACCCGCUCAAAUCACGACGCCCUGCCGGAGCGCACGGUGAUCCAGCUGGAUUCCUCACCCAGGUAUGUGGUGCUCUUCAACCCCCUGGAACAGGAGCGGCUCAGCGUGGUGUCCCUGCUGGUCAGCUCGCCCCGGGUGCGUGUCCUGUCAGAGGAGGGUCAGCCCCUGGCUGUGCAGAUCAGCGCACACUGGAGCUCUGCCACCAACAUGGUCGCUGAUGUCUACCAGGUGUCUGUGCCCAUCCGCCUGCCGGCCCUGGGCCUCGGCGUGCUGCAGCUGCAGCUGGGUCUGGACGGGCACCGCACCCUGCCGUCCUCCGUGCGCGUCUACCUGCACGGCCGGCAGCUGUCCGUCAGCAGGCAGGACGCAUUCCCUCUGCGCAUCAUCGACUCGGGCGCCAAUGACUUCGCCCUCAGCAACCGCUACAUGCAGGUCUGGUUCUCAGGCCUCACCGGGCUCCUCAAGAGCAUCCGAAGGGUGGAUGAGGAGCAGGAGCAGCGGGUGGACGUGGAGUUCCUCGUCUAUGGCACCCGCGCGUCCAAAGACAAGAGUGGAGCCUACCUCUUCCUGCCUGAUGGGGAGGCCCAGCCCUACGUCCCCAAGGAUCCCCCCGUGCUGCGUGUCACCGAAGGCCCUUUCUUCUCCGAGGUGGUUGCCUACUACGAGCAUGUCCGCCAGGUGGUCCGGCUAUAUAAUCUGCCAGGGGUGGAGGGGCUGUCUCUGGACAUGUCAUCCCUGGUGGACAUCCGCGACUACGUCAACAAGGAGCUGGCCCUGCGCAUCCACACAGACAUUGACAGCCAGGGUGCCUUUUUCACGGACCUCAAUGGCUUUCAGGUGCAGCCCCGGCGCUAUCUGAAGAAGCUGCCCCUGCAAGCCAACUUCUACCCCAUGCCAGUCAUGGCCUACAUCCAGGAUGCACACAACCGCCUCACACUGCACACCGCCCAGGCCCUGGGGGUCUCCAGCCUGCACGAUGGCCAGCUGGAGGUGAUCCUGGACCGACGGCUGAUGCAGGACGACAACCGGGGUCUGGGCCAAGGGCUCAAGGACAACAAGAGAACCUGCAACCAUUUCCGCCUCCUGUUGGAGCGGCGAACCCUGGGCAGUGAGCCUGGCUUUUUCUCCAAACUGGCAGCCAUGUUUAGGGACUUGGUCUUUCAGAGCAGCAGGAGCAGUAACCUCGAGGUCCAAGAUGGCCGCUCCACCAGCUACCCGUCCCUCCUCAGCCACCUGACCUCCAUGUACCUGAAUACCCCAGUGCUUGCCCUGCCUGUAGCCAAGAGGCAGCUCCCGGGCCCCAGUCUCCGCUCGUUUCAUCCCCUGGCCUCAUCUCUGCCCUGUGACUUCCACCUGCUCAACCUGCGUACGCUGCAGGCCGAGGAGGAUGCCUUGCCUUCGGCGGAAACUGCGCUCAUCUUACACCGCAAGGGUUUCGACUGUGGCCUUGAGGCCAAAAACUUGGGCUUCAACUGCACCACAAGCCAAGGCAAGGCGGCCCUGGGGAGCCUCUUCCACGGCCUGGAUGUGGGUUUCCUGCAGCCGACCUCCUUGACGUUACUGUACCCUCUGGCCUCACCCUCCAACAGCACUGACGUCUAUCUGGAGCCCAUGGAGAUCGCCACCUUCCGCCUCCGCUUGGGCUAGGGCUCCCUGUGGCCUGAAGAGAAAGCUCAUCCACAGAGACUGCCUCUUACACAAGGUCGGGUUGGACAAACCGGACGGGAGUUCUGUCCCGAUCUACCUCUCAGAACUGUGACACGCUGGGCUCCGCCCUCAUUUUCUGUUUCUCGUCGCUUCUGUGUCCGGUGGCAGCCCCAAGCCCCGUGUCGGGUAGACAGGGCAGAUGCUAGUGAGAUCGUGGCAAGAGGGCCCUGGGUCAGAGUGCGCGGUGCCGGCCUCAGCUUUGGGUUAUGAGUGGCGCCCAGUUGGGCACAGGCUCAAGCACCCAUCGUUGUCCCAUGACGGGAUGGUGGAGAAGCAGGGUCAGAACAGGUAGCGGGGGCUGAAUGGGUAGCAGCCCAGCGCCGGGGCCACUGGGGGCAGGACCUGGCUCUAGGGGGACCCCCCCGGUUACGGAGGGACUGCUUGUCCGGAUGUGACCAGCGGGAGCUGAGUGACGGCCAGGAGGAGGGGGAUGGGGACCCGGAGUUAGCGUUGGGGCGGCGGAGGAAUCCCUGCUUUCUGUGACCGUUCCGCCACAAGAGCUCCCUGGCCUGCACGCCCUGGCUCGGGGCUGUGGGGUGGCAGGAAGAACUCUCGAGAGACCAUGUCAUGGCCAGAGCUCAGAGGACGCUUCAGAUACCAAACCCCCUGCCCACCUCAUCGCGGGCACUUGGUCUGUGUGUGUUGAUGUGUGGGAUGGUGGCAGGGACGUGGGGUGGGGGGGUCCUCCAUCCUCCCUGACCCCUCUUUGGUUCCUGUACUCUGGACACCACUGUCCUCGGGAGCUCCUUCCCAUCCUGGGGGCAUUUGGUCUAGCACACUUCAUUUCCCCGGAAAGAAAGUGGAGCCUCCAAGCGCCCAUAAGUGCGAGCAAUUUGAGAAGGCUUUCAGCCCCAUCCCUACAUGGGGGGGUGGUUCAUCCUUCUGCAGAAGUGUUUGAGUCCUGGCACGGGGACUCGGGAUACAUAGCAUACCUUAGGCAGUACGGCUGCUCAUCAGCCUUCGUUUCAGCUUCGAUUAAUAGAGAAAGGUUUCCGAUAGUCUCUAUAGAUGCUGAAACAAUAUUUGGUAAAGUUUAAGAUCUAUCCCUCAUUAAAAAUCUUAGUAAGUUAAGAUUACAGAGAGACGUCCUCAUCUAGAUAAAAAAUCUCCAUCACAAACCAGCAGUUAAUGACAUUCUAAAGAACCACGAGCAUUCCCAUACACGUCGGAAACUAGGACACCCGUUAGCAGUGUCCUGGCACUGUCACCCCCGCAGGAGACCAGGGGAAGGAGAGGACGUUAACAACUGUCGUUGUUUGCAGACGAUAGCACGGCCGACCUAUAAAAUCUAAGGGAGUCAGCGGGAGAUCUACUGAGACCAUUCUGUAAGCGGACACAGAUGAUGUACAUGAUGCUCCUGGAAACAUUUCGGUUCUCUCUGAAUCAACCCAUAAAUUCAGUGUAUUCCAGCAUGGUUGGAUACUUUGGGAAUUUGAUAAGUUCUCAAGUUCAUGUGGAAGAGUAAAUAUGUGAGAAUAUGUAAUUCUGACGCUGGUGAGUCGGGGGCGGGGAGUGCUGAGGGAGUGAAGGACUGCCCAGGAGUGGCCCCUGUGACCUGGCGUGGGCUCAGACAGACAGGCUCAUGGAACAAAAGGCAGAGUCCAGCAGCAGACCCCCAGGUAGACGGAAACUUAGUAGGACAAAAGGAGCAUUUGAAGUCGGGGAAAAAGAUGGAUUGUUUAAUAAAUAGGAGUUUAAGACAACGGGCCCUCAAAGGAAGAGUUAGAUCUGUAGCUCAUGGUUGCCACAAAAAUUAGUUCCAGAGGGAAGAAACCAAAAAAGUGCAACUACAAAAUUACUGAAGGAAAUAUAGGAGAUUAUUGUAUCUCUGGUGUGGGAGACUCUGUUUUAAACAUAACACGAAACCUAAAAGAUCUAAUAAGGGAAAAGAUAAACAGAUUUUACCACCCCAAAAUAUUGAAAGUUUGUGUAUGAUGGGAAACAUCACGGUUACAACACGAAUGACAGACUGGGAGAAGAUGUUUGCUGCACUUCCAAUAUUGAUGAGUUAAUUACUCCAGGAGAAAAGCUUGCUUUGGGGUCCUUGGAGAGGGUCCCCUGGGCCUGCUCAGUCACUCCCCGAACAACAAGAGUUCUUCCAGAUCAUCCAGGGCAGUUGUUGCCAGCGUCGGGCCAGGGCACGUGGAAGCCUGUCUAAAUCAUUGUGGAAGAAAUAAGAUUAGCAAUGUGAGGUGCUCAGCACACAGUGCCUGGUACCUAGAGGAGCUCAAUAAAUAGGAACUGUAAUCUUAUGAGUAAAGGACACUAAGCAGUUAGGUCACAGUAGGUGGUAUUUGCUAGUAUCACAUGUCUUGUAAUCAAAUGAUAAGGGAGACUCUGUGAAACCCCCCCAGGAAAUGAGCAGAAUAAAGGCUCUUACCUUUGGAGGUCUUAGAUGUACCAUGGAAUUAUUCAUCUGCCAAGAACAAUGUUUAAUCCCGCACACUGGCCUUUUUAAAACUACUCCAGGCAGCGGUGUUCAAGGUGUGGUCCAGAAUCACCAGGAGUGUUUGUUUCAGGCCCAGCUUUUUGGCCUUCCCUGGCGAGGGCUGCCCGUCAGCCUGGAUGUGGGGAUGAGGGGCCCAUGGAGCAGAGACCGAGCCUCGUUGAGACAGCCCUAUAACAAGAACCAGAGACAGACCUUCCAGUUGUGUGUGGGAGGGAAACCCAAUUCCGGGGCACCAUCUACUGAACCCAUUUCUGAGGGUUGCAGUCAAAGAAUCUGCAUUUUUAACGAGCUUCCAGGCGAUUCUUUUGCACACGGUAGUUUGGAAAUGGGCCUAUGAUUUUAAGGCAAGCAGCAGUGCUUUACCACGGAGCCCUGGCACUGAGGCCUCCGUUCUGAGGGUUAUAAUCAUAAUUAGAACCAGGACAUGACACAGAGGCAACCUCAACCCCUGGAACUAGAAUUCUCUUCCUUCCUGCACCCCUCCAGCCACUUAGAACUACCCCAUUUCCACAAAGAAAGGAACACUGGGAAGGCGGACCGAAACCAAGAACCGAGUCCUCCUGUGCAGGCUGAGCCAGGCACAGACUGUGCUCUGACUCAGCUUCCCUGGGGGGUGGGCAGAGAGACCUGUAGAAAGAAUGGCGUCUCUCAGCGGAAGCUCACCUGCCUCCCCCACCAUCACAGCAGUCGGCUACCUGCACUCACGCCCUCAUGGAGGAGGAGAAGCACAGUCCGGGUGGUGGGAGCGAGGCUCACCGCCCAAAACUGAGAUCUCUGUUUUUCACUAACAAAAAUGUGUACACAUAAACACUUCGAGGGGCAGGUCUCAUGGCAAGAACAGGCGAGGGAGGAGGCGGCCAGAUCCUUCAAAAUAAACCCUGAUUUUACUUAGGGUCUGUGGGAAAUCAAUUCAGAACUUCUUAAUGGUUACCAGGACCAAGGGGAUCUGCAGAGCAUCUCUGUCCAGUCUGGGUCCUGACUUUGGACCCCCCCCCCCCCAGUUGAAGAUAAGCCUGAACUGAAAGUGAACUCCGUGGGCACAGGAGACUCGGGGGGGGGGUGGGUGGGAGAUGAGCACUUCCCAGCCCUUGGAACACGAGAGGGUUGAAGAUUUAAAACCCAGCACCGAGUGUGGAAGCCUUGAGGAGCUCUCCGGGGCGGCGGGGGGGGGUGGGGGGGUUCCCUGUCGGCACGCUGAAGGACUUGCAUUGAAACCAGAGGCGUGAGCACCCCUGCACUGUUGCCUCCUCAACUCCUGGUGCCCUGGGAUGGGGGGUGAGGUGCUAACGGUGCAAAAGCGUAGUCCUCCUAAGACCAGAGGAACUCUCCUUUUGACCCAGAGCUGAGAACAGCGACGGCCCUGAGCAGAGGGGAAGCUGCACAGCUCAAGGGAAAGAGCAGUGGAGGGGAGCCGUGCCAGGAGCCGUGCCGGAGUCCGUGUAGGACACACAGGUGACCGAGAGUGACCGAGGAAUGCCGAGAGGCCAGAGCCAGGCCAAGUGAGGAGCACAGGACGAGAAAGCAAAGCGGCUGCAAGGAAAAACAGGACAAAAUGUAAGCAGCCCCAAAUAGUACUUUAUUGAAAUAGAGUCUACGUGUUGGAGAAACACUGGAUUUGGUGCAGAGGGAUUUGGAAAACAGAGCUGAGGAAUCACUUGAAGAUACCACAGGGCUAAAAGGAAAAUAUAAAACAGAGGUUAAGAAAUAUGGCAGAUAGGGGCACCUGUGUGGCUCAGUUGGUUGAGCAACUCUCAGUUUUGGC